GGGAAUAUGGCUGGGUGUCGCACCGACUGCGUUGAGAAGCCAAUCUCCAUCGGUUUUCAGAAAUUCGGACGUUUUGUGGGCAGUAAUCCGUGGUGGUUUUUUGUCAUCCCUUUGCUGACCUCCUUUGCACUCGGAGGGGGGUUUUAUUACCUUGAAGAUAGGGAGGCGAAUGACAUCGAAGACCAGUUUACACCUGUUAACGGGCCCGCGAAGCUGGAGAGACAGUUCGUUCAGGAAAACUUCCCACAGAACAACUCGGUGUUUUCCUCUCAGCGGCUGUACACUGAUGGAGUAUAUGCAUCUUUCAUAGCGGUUUCAAGAUCGUCCAACAUCUUGACAGAAGCAGCGUUCAAUGAAAUAAUAAGUUUAGACAAAAAGGUUAAAGAGAUCAGAGUUUCUGCGGGGAACGAGCAGCUAAACUUUGAAAGUCUGUGCGCCAUGAAAAAUGACAAGUGUAUCCCCAAUGCGAUACUGGACAUCGUUGACUACAACGCGAGCCGAGUGGAACGUACCGAUUUUACAUUUCCUUUCCAUAAUUUGGGGUUUCAUCACGUUUUUCUGGGGUAUUGCGUCGGAGGAACAGACAGCAACUCCACCGCCGUAAGGAGCGCAAAGGCUUUGAGGCUUUUUUAUUUCCUGAAAGAAGACGACCGCGCGAGGACAGAUCUGUGGCUGAACGAAUUCCUCAGAGUCUUCCCGUCCGAUUUGUCCGUGAAAUCCAUAAAGGUUACCCAUAGCACAUCGCUUUCGAGGCAGGUGGAAUUCGAAGCAAACUCCAGAGAUGUGAUUCCCUUGUUCUCUAUCACAUACGUUAUCGCCAUCAGCUUUUCAAUCCUGUCUUGCUUAAGGUUUGACUGUGUGAGGAACAAGGUGUGGGUGGCUGCCUUUGGUGUGCUCUCUGCUGGCCUGGCGGUGCUGUCCAGUUUUGGGAUGAUGCUCUACAUUGGUGUGCCCUUUGUCAUGACUGUGGCUAACUCUCCCUUCCUGAUAUUGGGGAUUGGUGUGGAUGACAUGUUCAUCCUCAUCUCCUGCUGGCAGCAGACCAACGUCCAUGACAAAGUCGAGGAGCGUCUGGCCGACACGUACAAAGAGGCGGCCAUCUCCAUCACCAUCACCACGCUGACCGACGUCCUGGCUUUCUACAUCGGCCUCAUGACCCCUUUCCGCUCCGUGCGGUCCUUCUGUCUGUACACCAGCACCGCCAUUCUCUUCUGUUACCUGUACAGCAUCACCUUCUUUGGGGCGUUCCUGGUGCUUAACGGCAGGCGGGAGAACAGCAACAGGCAUUGGCUGACCUGUAAGGAGGUUCCGGAGGAACGCCCCCCAGGCCGCUCUAAAGGCUUCUACCUCUGCUGUGUGGGAGGGGCUUAUGACCGCCACACUGGCUCAGAGGAAACCCUUCCAAUGAAUCACUUCUUUAAAAAAUACUACGGCCCAUUUCUCACUAAAUCGUGGACCAAAGUCUUAGUGAUCCUGCUCUACGCUGCGUAUUUGACAACCAGCAUUUAUGGAUGCUUUCAGAUACAAGAGGGCAUAGACCUUAGGAAUCUUGCGGCUGAUGAUUCCUACGUUGUUAAGUACUACAAUGAUGAGAAGGAGUACUUUUCUGAGUAUGGUCCCAAUAUCAUGGUUAUUGUAAAGGGUGAAUUUCCAUACUGGAAUGCAAAAAAUAUGUCGGAUCUGGACUCGUGUUUGGAAGACUUUAAAAAUCUAUCAUUUAUUGAGGAGGACAUAUUUACAUCAUGGCUUCUGGCAUAUAAAAUUUAUGCAUUCCAUAUGCAUUUGAAUUUAAGUAAUGAAACUGUCUUCAAGGCAAAUUUAAAUUCAUUUCUUGAAUACUCUGACUUCAAGCAAGACGUGAACUUCACCAACAAUGCGAUCUAUGCCUCACGGUUCUUUAUCCAGACAGUGAACAUCACCACUGCAAUUGAUGAGAUGAAAAUGCUGAAUGAGCUUAGAGACACGGCUAAGAAAUGUCCUGUCCCAUUACUGGUUUAUCACCCCGCCUUUAUUUACCAUGACCAGUACGCUGUCAUAGUGAGCAACACCAUCCAGAACAUUGGAGUCACCACCGCGGUGAUGCUGCUGAUCUCCCUCUUGCUGAUUCCAAACCCUCUCUGCUCUCUGUGGGUGACCUUUUCCAUCGCCUCUGUCAUUGUGGGUGUCACCGGCUUCAUGGCUUUGUGGGACGUCAACUUAGACACCAUAUCCAUGAUCAUUCUCGUUGUCUGCAUUGGCUUCUCGGUAGACUUCUCUGCGCACAUUUCCUACGCCUUUGUCUCAAACAGUAAGCCGAGUGCCAACGAGAAGGCUGUUGAGGCCCUCUUUUCCCUGGGCUAUCCUAUAGUGCAGGGGGCAGUCUCUACCAUACUGGGGGUGGUGGUGCUGUCUGCUUCAAAGAACUACAUCUUCAGAACCUUCUUCAAGAUCAUGUUCCUGGUCAUCUUUUUUGGGCUGUUUCACGGCAUCACGUUCAUCCCGGUGUUUCUGACCUUCUUUGACAUCUGCAGCAGCUCGGAUAAAAUCACCAGCCGGGAGCACCUGCCGUACGAUGACCAGGCUUUAGGCCACAGCCAGACCCCAAAGUGCAAAGUGAAACCUCCGGAAAUUCAGACCUACGACAACCACACCUUCCUGACCGACAGCAACCAGUGCCAAACGCAGCAGUGCCCCAGCGUUUGGUCCCUCACGGUCAACACCCAGCAAACUCGAAGCGCUCAGAUGUGCAUGUCACACAAUGUACCGGUGUUCACAGUGGACAACCAGACGUGCGAGGUGCAGAUGUACGUGGCCACCAAUAACGCAGCGUUCACCAUUAAAAGCCAUCAGAAGAUGAAUUCUGAUGAUCAGGUACACGUAACAGGAAACAGCAGUCCCCAAACGCUAUCACACAGCGACGCCCCUUCACUCACAAACGAUGGUAUCUCAGAGCCUGACUGCCUGGAGCACUCAGCUGUAUGACAACGUUCAUUUUAUAGAUAGGUUACCUUGUUCAUGAUGUAAAUGUUUGGCUGUAAAACACAAAGCACAACUGUCAA